UGUUGCGAUCAGUUGAGUGUUGGACGUCAGAGCGCAACGAUGGAGGAGGAACUCCGCUGUCCCGCGUGCAAACAGUUCUUCAUGAACCCGGUGCUGCUGCCGUGCUACCACACGCUGUGCAUCGGGUGCGCCGUGUCCCUGCAGCAACCGGCGUGCCAACACGCGCAGCAACAGGUCGCGGCCGCCGUGGCCGCCCACCAACACCACCCGCCCCCGGGGGCGGCCCUGCCGGCCGCCGCCACGGCCAUGCCGACGGCCUCGAGCAGCAGCAGUGACACCGCCAGCGACUCGGCCGUCGGCGAACACGACUUCCCCGACGUCGACAAACUGUCCAUCCUGAGCGAGACCGACUCGGGGGUGGUCUGCAGCAGCCGCCCCAACAGCUACGUCGGCACCCCCAACCUGCAGGGUGUGCUGCUCUUCCCGCCACACGCGGCCGCCCUCUCGCUCCCUUGUCCCGUUUGCCACAAGGUGGUUUACUUUGACGAGAACGGCGCCAACAACCUGCCCAAGUACCGGGCGAUGCAGAACAUCGUGGACAAGUACACGGACUCGAAGCGUCUGCAGAUGAAGUUCACGCAGCGCGUGCCGUGCCAGUUGUGCGCCGAGGAGCCGCCGCGCCAGGCCACCGUCAAGUGCGAACAGUGCGACGUGUGGUACUGCGACCCGUGUCGCGACAGCUGCCACCCGGCCCGCGGGCCCCUCGCCAAACACGCGCUGCUGGACGUGCGCGGCCCGCCCAAGGGCAGUCCGGCCCGGCCGACGCCGGCCCUCGACGCCUCGUCGCGCUGCGCCGAACACGCCGACGAGGCCCUCAGCCUCUACUGCAUGCUGUGCAAGGUGGCCGCCUGUCCGCAGUGCGUCCUGCAGGACUCGAGACACGCCAGCCACGACGUCCAGGCCAUCACGGCAAUGUGCAAGGCGCAAAAGACCGAGUUGUCACAGAACCUGCAGCAGCUGUCGGAAAAGGCCAAAUGCACGACCGAGUUCAUCCACAGGCUAAAAGGGUUGACAGACAAAGUGACAGAAAACAGCACAGUUUUCGAAAGUGCAGUGGAAGCGCAGUGCAUGGAAUUGAUCGCCGCUCUGGAAGCGAGGAAGGCGCAGCUGUUGGACUUUGUGCGUCAGGAGAGGGAGAUGAGGCUGCGUUCGCUCAGGGAGCAGAUGACCCUGUGCACCGCCAGGUUGCAGCAGACCACCGCCCUCUUGCAGUUUUGCAUUGAGGCGCUCAAGGAAACCGACUCGGUCAGCUUUUUGCAGAUUGGUUCCAUGUUGAUCGCGAGAGCCGCAAACGCCGACCUCACCUGGCACAAAGACUUCAGCAGUGCCCCCCGCGUGUCCCCGGAGUUCGACCUGACCCUCGACGACAAGGCUGUUUUGCGGGCAGUUGAGCAGCUCAAUUUCAUCCAAAUGAAGCCACCCGCGGCGCCGACCAUCAUUCCCGAGGAGUGCAGCGCCGAGAACAACAGCGUCACCGUGGCCUGGCAGCCGCCGCCGACGUCUUACGUGGAGGGUUACGUCCUGGAAUUGGAUGACGGCUGCGGCGGAGAGUUCAGAGAGGUGUACUGCGGAAAGGAAACGAUUUGCACCGUGGACGGCCUGCAUUUCCACUCGCUAUACAACGCCAGAGUCAGAGCUUUCAACAGCACAGGUGAAGGGCCUUACAGCGAGUGCAUCGGUCUACAAACAGCUGAAGUUGCUUGGUUCACCUUCGACCCGAACACUGCGCCGCCCGAACUGAGGUUUUCAGAAGACAACUGCACAGUGACUGGCGACGGAUACGAACACCGGGUGGCCCUUGGCUCGGUUGGUUUUUCCCGCGGAGUCCACUACUGGGAGUACACGAUUAAUCGGUACGACGCGGACGCCGACCCCAGCUUCGGAGUGGCCAGGAUAGACGUGACCCGGGAACAAAUGCUAGGAAAAGACGACAAAGGCUGGAGCAUGUACAUUGACAGGCAGAGGUCGUGGUUUAUGCACGGAAGCGUUCACGACCAGAGAUGUGACGGCGGCAUUGCGGUUGGUUCCACAAUCGGGGUCUUGCUUGAUCUGGAAAGGCGGCAAAUCAGUUUCUACGUCAACGAUGAACCCCAGGGUCCAAUUGCAUUUAAAGACCUCUUCGGCGUUUUCUACCCCGCCAUCAGCAUAAACCGCGGAGUGACCGUGACCCUUCACACCGCACUUGACCCUCCCUCCGACUUUGAGGAGAGCUGAAGACGUCGCAAGCCUGUGGAGCAACCGCAGGCGCUGCAAAUUAUCACGACGGCCGCCGAAGUGCACCCGACGCCUCCGUCGCCACCCAAAAGUGGCGCAGCACCCGCGACUGCCGAUUCUGAAGAUCUUGUUUCGCAAUUAUAAAUCUGGUCAAAAGCUCGUUUAGUGCUUAAGUAAGGGUAAAAAGAGAAUUUGUACAUAGAUAAAAUCAUUAUCGGUCAUUGAAUAUAUCUAAAGCGCUAAUUAGAGAUAUGGGGCACGAAAAGAGGAGGAAAAAUUUUGAUUAUAAAAAAAAAUUAAAUAAAUGUAUUUUCCCUUGUAGAUUUUUUAUUAUCAUCUCGUUUCCACUGUGGAUGUGUAAAAAGAUCAGGAUGAUGUUAUUUAAUGUUUAAGUGUAGAAUUUUGGAUUAAUCAAAUAUAGGACGAGCGUGAGUUCACUUUCAAUUUUGUCUCAAGCAGAAAAUACACUAUACAUGUUUGUAUGAAUUUUGUAUUUCCAUAUCAGCAUACUAUCGAUGGGUUUUGAUUGAGACUAGCAUUUCUAUGACAGCGCUGUAGAAUUGACAUAGAACAGUUUGAAAUCAUCAUAAAUUAGUAAAAUGACAUGAUGCUCAAAACACAUGAUGAUUUUUUUGACGUGCAAAAGCAAAGACAAGAAAAAUAUGAGCUUAAUUUUGCUUAAAAACUUUUGAUUCUCCCCUUAGAUUAAUUUGUUAGCACUGAUCUGAUAUUUUUCAGCUUAGUGAAUUAUUACCUUUUUUUUAGAAAUUACUCAUUUUUAUAGGGGAGAAAAUUAGCUGAACUAACAAAUUGACUGGAAAAUGACUAAGCUUUGCUGCAAAGCAAUAAAUUUCACCGACAGACAGAGAUAUUGUUUUGCUUCAUGCAGUGGCAUUUAUUGAGGAAAAUAUAGAAUCAUAUAUAGACUGAAAUAUAUAAUAACCCGAAAAAUAAAACGAACGUUUCCCGAGAAGUAUUCUGUGUUCCCUGAUUUCCCUAUUAUUGCAAGAGGCGGCUAAUUUAGAAAUACAUGUAAAUGUUACACACUCUAAGCACACACGAGCUCCAUCACUGCCUGGGAAUAAUUAUUAAAUUUGGUGCUUAAGCCAAAAAUAAUACCAGACCCAAUUUCCCUUGUGUUUUUCAAACCACCUUUUCUCAUCCAUCUCACUUCAGGGAGCUUUUUUAUACGUAAAAAAAUAAUAAUUCAACUAACGCAUUGCAGAUUUAUAUAUCAAGCAUGACACAGAAUUUUUAACCAUCACGUAAUGUAAGCCAAGUGGAUGAUUGAGGGGAGCGCAGUUUUUAUAUAAUAUUAAAAGUUAAUGAGACGUGUAAUAAAAGCUACUAGCGCCAAUUUGAAAUAACUAUCUCUCUGAUAAGUGUUCAGCCACUCUCAACAAUAACCAGCAAAAUAAUGGACACAUCUAGUGUGCAGCGCUCUGUAUUCAUCCUCUAGUAAAAAAGUGUUUCUAAAAUUCAACGGAUUUCAUAGAAAAUUUAGUGAAUUAUUAAGAAACAUCCUAAAAUAUGAACCAGCAAACAAAGAAGCCAUAAAAUUCGCAACUCAAUUAUUUGUUUUAAUUUAUUACAAAAAUAUUUUGAAAAAUAUAUUCUUUGUGGCAAAUUUAUUAAAUUGUUGUAAGUGAUGUAAAAUGUUUGAUGCCAAAAUUCAGUUUCUUCGAUCACGGUGGAAUUUAAGUUGUUGUCUUGUUGUGUUAGAAUUUUACAAUCGCAUUGUACAUUUGUAAAUGGACCUAAUAAAAAUUUAUGGAAUCACA